GUUGGUUCAGUUUAAACUUUGCUUCAAGCCUUUGCACACAAAGCAUCAACAAAAUUUUAAGUUAUUUUAUUUAGCCUAUUUCUGUUACCUCUUUCGCGAUACAAAAUAAAUAGUUAGAGUAACCAUGCGGGACAAGCCAGCACCAGUGGGGGCCUCAUGGUACACCAAUCUGUCCGACUUCCAGGUGCAGGCCGUCGAGGCACUGGCCUUCUCCAUCCGCGAUGACAACGCCGAAGGGACCGUGUACCGCACCCAGUUCUGUCUCAGCCGCUUGGGAGUCACUCCCAUGGUGAAGACCCGAAUGCUGCGCAAGCUAAUCGGGAUUUGUCGCGGCAGCGACUUGGCCUUCCUUUACUUUCUGCUGGAGGCCUGCUACAAGGGCGCCGGAGUUGCCUACAGCGAACGGAUCCUGAUGUCGGCCAUCACCUUCCUGGAUCUGGAGAUGACCAUGAGGGAAUUGGACAAAAUUCUGCCGCCGGGUGUGGAGCGGCUGAAUAAGAAAGAGUCAAUAGCUCCUGCAAUGGAAUAUCACUCCAUCUCGUUGCCAACACCUUCACCGACCAGACGGUCAUCGGAUCCCCGAAACGUUCGGUCCCCCUACUUCACCUCGUUGCCCAAACCAAAGCUACCCAAGGGUGGCGGCAAGUUCACUGCCAAGCGACCCUGCCACGUUGUCUCCUUUCCAUUUUGGCCAGCCGGCGAGCGGCCCAACUACAAGGUGAAUGAGGAGAACCGCUGGUUCGCCGCGUACAGGUUCCAACCGGUUAAGCGGAUGCUCUUCAAGAUGGUGGCCGACGUCAUGACCGACUACUGGUCAUCGAUAGAUGGUGCUCAGCCGGCGGAGAACGAGGCGAUGCCCAUAUGCGAGUUCCACAAGGAGGCGCGGCGUCAGGAGCAGCUGGUCAAGGAUGCAGCGGUGGUCAAGGCACAUAAACAGUGUUUGGCUCUCGUGGAUAUCACUUCACGGCAGGAUGCCCUCCUUAAAAAACGUAUUGUGGCCCAGUUGGAACGGGACAUUGAGGAGUUCACGCUGCGAUGGAAACGACUUCGCGAGCGCCACCACACGGAUGUCAUGUUGGUGGAGGAUCACGAUCAGAUCUGUUCGGUGGGCAAGGUGCCAACGGCUGUGCAGGGGAUCAAGGUGAAGUACCUAUCGCAGGAGGCGGACAUCGGGCGUCUGAGUGCCAAGCCCACCUUGGGUGUCCAUGUGAUUACCGGCAGGGACCACGUGAGUCGGCUAAGCAAAGUGCGGGUCUCGGAUCCCGAUGAUGACAUCCCGUGCCCCACGCUACCCGAGGAGGGGAAGCUUUCCAAGUGUCCACCCCCUAUACUAGGACACAUCAAACGUCCGCGCAGGGUGUCUAUCACGCAAUCAAAAUUCGGCGACGAUAGGCAAUCUUCCUGCAAGAAACCUUCGAGGCCGGGACGCUUUUUCGUGGGUCCUCACCAGCAUGGUCCCUUCGUGUUCAACUACCAUGCGGUUGCUCCGCAGGAUCAGAGUCCAGUUCCCAGGGAUGUGAUGCGCGCCCAGGCCAUCCGCUCCUUGAAGGAGCAAAGUUGUCCCUCGAGCGAGGAUGACUACAACGGACGGAUCAAUCCCCGGGACCAGUUGGUGGCGGCCAUCGUUCAGUGCGCCCAAAACAUGUGGUUCGGCUCCUUGGAGGCUCAUCAACGCCGCCAGUCAUCUGGCCAAUCCGAAAACCCAAUCAAUUUUAUAGAGCCAUCCAAGAAUGAGCCGGAGGAAAUGUGCAAAACACAGGAGGCUCUGGAUUGGACAAAGAGCAUCAAAAAGUUCGACCCCAACAACCAACAUCUAAUGGAGCGCCUGCUGCGCGAUGGAUUCUCCAUACUGAAACGGGAUCCACGCUGCGUCUUUGCCGCAUUUCCCGACUCGCACAAGUCCUUUGUGAUGCUCGAGUGGAUUAAGCGUCGGUAUGGGAAAACCUACUGCCACGAGGAGAUUGUCGAUCAGAUACAAAAGGGACUGACCACCUUUGUGAAAGUGGAGACCCAACUGAACAUAGCACCCAGUGCAAAGCGCGAAGGAUUCUCGGCCAAGGACACCUUCGAUGACUUUAAACGUCUGCAGGCGCUGGCCAAGAAAAUAAAAACCGAAUACCGAAUGCCGCUCAACGACAAGAUCCUGAACCUGACGAGGAUCUGCUGGAGUGCCCUGAGUCCCCACUUGGUCAGAAGUUCCUCCAUGCUCAAAACCUUCUUCGCCUAUCUGCCAGUUCGAUACGCUGACAUGCUGAAAUAGGAUGAAGAUCACAGUUCGUAUAGGAAAUUCAUUGUUGCUAAAUUGUUUGUUGUUAAAUUGUUUGUACUGUCCAGUUUUAAUGUAAAUUGAUGCAUAUUAUAUAAUCGGAUUUGUUUAGCCCGA